AUGACAUCCUUUUUCCCGCCAGAAACGGUUAAAUCAGUCGAAGGAGAAUUAGGCAAAUCAGAUUUCACACCGAGAAAACUGGUUUUCACCGAGUUCGGCUUGUCUCCGGUCGUCAGUGCCUCGCCGCUGCCAACGUCGCCUCAGGAGCGUCUCCUCUCGCAAACCAAGCUACAUUUGCUUCCUCGAAGUCAAAGUCUCCCAGAAUAUCUCUGCGACAGGCUAGCACCAAAAUAA